CAAGUUAUUGUUUACUGUUUUAUAAGAGAUGCGUAAAAGUAAAGGCAUUUGGUUUUGCUUAAAUAACAUCGUCUCUAAAUCAGUAUUUACUUUGCUCCAAGAAAUAGCCGAGUUCUUGAACUCCUUGUUUUUAUGGAAACCUACUGAGUGAUUGUAUACAUAGUCAAGGGACUUAUAGCCCCAGGGAUGAAAAUGACAGCUGCCCUCACAUACACUGACAUAUCUGUCUCCCCAGUUUGGGCUCCCCCAUGGCCAAGGUCACUGUUUCUAAGUGGCUCUAAAAGGUACAUAGAGGUUCGACUCAUGGAGCUUGCUGUAAUGAGCCACUCUUCCUCUUGAACUUGUCUAACUGGAAAUCGGAGGGGAGGAAGGAUGGCUGAGGGAGGAUUUUCUGCUUUCUGUAGGAUCACUGGAUGUGUUAUUGAAUUGCCUCAGAACAUUGAGGGAAGAAUCAAGAUGAACAUGAUCUUAAAUGGAAAACUCAUAGAUGGCCAGGUCAUUCAGUUGGAGGACGGUUCUGCUGCCUAUGUUCAACAUGUACCCAUACCUAAAAGUACAGGGGACAGUUUGCGUUUAGAGGAUGGUCAAGCAGUGCAGUUAGAAGAUGGAACUACAGCAUUUAUUCACCACACCUCCAAAGAUAGUUAUGACCAGAGCGCAUUACAGGCAGUUCAGCUGGAGGACGGCACCACAGCUUACAUCCACCAUGCAGUGCAAGUCCCGCAGUCUGACACCAUCCUGGCGAUUCAGGCUGAUGGGACAGUGGCUGGUCUGCACACGGGGGAUGCCACGAUUGACCCUGACACCAUCAGUGCUUUGGAACAAUAUGCAGCAAAGGUAUCCAUUGAUGGAAGUGAAAGUGUAGCGGGUACAGGAAUGAUCGGAGAGAAUGAGCAAGAGAAAAAAAUGCAGAUUGUCUUACAAGGACAUGCAACAAGAGUAACUGCUAAAUCUCAACAGAGUGGAGAAAAGGCAUUUCGAUGUGAAUAUGAUGGAUGUGGAAAAUUAUACACAACAGCUCACCAUCUAAAGGUCCAUGAGAGGUCGCACACAGGAGACCGGCCUUAUCAGUGUGAGCAUCCAGGCUGCGGGAAGGCAUUUGCAACAGGUUAUGGAUUAAAAAGUCACGUCAGAACUCAUACAGGAGAAAAGCCAUAUCGGUGUUCAGAAGAUAAUUGUACUAAAUCUUUCAAAACUUCAGGAGACCUCCAGAAACAUAUCAGAACUCAUACAGGAGAAAGGCCCUUUAAAUGUCCCUUUGAAGGCUGCGGUCGAUCUUUCACAACAUCAAAUAUCAGAAAAGUACAUAUUAGGACACACACAGGAGAAAGACCUUAUUACUGCACAGAACCAGGAUGUGGGAGAGCAUUUGCCAGUGCGACCAAUUAUAAAAACCACGUGAGGAUACACACAGGGGAAAAGCCAUAUGUUUGUACAGUCCCUGGGUGUGACAAAAGGUUUACAGAAUAUUCCAGUUUGUACAAACAUCAUGUUGUUCACACUCACUCCAAACCAUACAACUGUAACCACUGUGGGAAGACGUACAAGCAGAUCUCCACGCUGGCCAUGCACAAACGGACGGCCCACAACGACACUGAGCCCAUCGAGGAGGAGCAGGAAGCCUUCUUCGAGCCUCCCCCAGGUCAAAAUGAAGAUGUUCUUAAAGGGUCCCAGAUCACAUAUGUUACAGGUGUAGAAGGAGAUGAUGUUGUGUCUACACAAGUAGCCACAGUAACCCAGUCUGGGUUGAGUCAGCAAGUUACACUCAUAUCCCAGGACGGGACUCAGCAUGUCAACAUAUCUCAAGCUGACAUGCAAGCCAUUGGCAAUACCAUCACAAUGGUAACGCAGGAUGGCACGCCCAUCACAGUCCCUGCUCAUGAUGCAGUCAUCUCCUCAGCGGGAACACACUCUGUUGCUAUGGUUACCGCGGAGGGUACAGAAGGGCAGCAGGUUGCAAUUGUGGCUCAGGACUUGGCAGCAUUCCAUACUGCCUCAUCAGAAAUGGGACACCAACAGCACAGCCAUCACUUAGUAACCACAGAAACCAGACCUCUGACCUUAGUGGCAACAUCCAAUGGCACCCAGAUUGCAGUUCAACUUGGAGAACAGCCAUCUCUGGAAGAAGCCAUCAGAAUAGCAUCCAGGAUCCAACAAGGAGAAACGCCAGGCUUGGAUGAUUAAUCCUCAGAGCAGCGGGGCAAUAGCGCAAGAGGAGCCUUUCGCCUGCAGGCAGCAGAGAUCCGUGAAGCCCGGGCCCAGGAAAAUUAGAAGCUUUCCGUUCCUGAAACACUGUACACAUUCUUAUGCAAGAGUGGAGAACAUUUUAUUCUUAACACUUUUGUGUAUAUAAUCCUUGGAAUAGAUUCCCAAACUGAUUCAUUGUGUACAAGGAAGUAUGAAAUUGGGGCAAUACAGUAAAUUUUCGUGUUACUCUUUUAUCAAAUCGCAAACUCCUAGAGUCUACAUGCAAGACCGGUGAUGUCUUACGGAGUCUUAUGAUGGAUUUUUAACUUACUGUGAAAAAAAAAAAUAAAGGCUGUAUCUAAAAUGUCAAAGGUUCUAUACGUCAAACAAUCAUAAUUCCAAAAGCCAUCAUGGAUAAUAAAGGAUGUGAAGCCUUCAGAUAUUUCCCCCAGUUGGUAGAGUGUCUGCAGUUUUUGUUCUACUGUAUCCUUUUCCAUUUUUAUUUGUAUCUCACAGUUUGAAGACUAUUCAUUAUAGUUUUCCAUCCCUGUUGAAUACCCACUCUUCAAGCUAAAGUGCUAAUUAUAUUAGCAUUACAUUGGAUUAUGUAUAAAAUCACAAAGUUUGGUUAUUUAAAAUUAAAAAGUUAAAUUCAGUGCUUUGUUUUUGUUAAAAUUUUAUUACUUAGUGUUCAGUUUUUUGUUACUGUUUUUUAAAAAUAAUGAACUAUCAAAGUUUGACCACAGGCUGGAGCCCAGGAUAAAAGUGCUGUAAUCGGAAAUGGCUUUACUCUGAAAAUUAGGCUAGUGGGAUGGUGUAAAUUAUUUAUUUUUGCUUGUGUACUUUUGUUUUAAAGCUUAUUUACCCUAAAGUUUA